AGUACCAACAUCAAAUCGGUAUAAGAAAAAAUGCGUUUGAAAAUUUUCAUGGCUUUAAGCCUUUUGUGCUACACAAAUGCUCAAGUGGACAGAGAUUGGAGUUUCCAGCAAAUGUGCGAAUUUUGGGGUGGAGAACAAACUUAUCGUGCCAGAAGUGGAUACAAGUCGAUAGAAGGUGACAAAUGCACGUUCAAGUUUCCUAAGGCAUCGAACAAUAAGGAAUCCGCUCAACGAUACUGCGAGGAGACUGUUCCCUAUCACAUUAACAAUCCAAAAGCAUCAGAAUAUAAAACAACCUGUGAAGCAGAAGCAACAUUAAUUUGUAAAAGUGGAUGGGUUCAGAUGUUUGGAAGGUGCUACAAGAUCACCAAGACGAUGAUGACACGUGAUAAAGCUGAAGAACAUUGUAAGAAUCAACAGGAUCAGACAUCGACAAUUGCAUUCAUGCAUAGAGAAGCAUUGCCUUUUAGAUGGAAUGAUUAUUUCACUCGUGUUUCUCGUAUCUGGAUGGAUGCAAGUGAAGUUGUCACGAAUGAUCUGAUCCAUGACGUCGAAGGUGGUAAUGUACUUCUGGCUUUCGAUGGAUACAAAUACAAUCUUCCAAAUGUUGCAAUUGCUCGUGUGUCUAAGAAUGAAACUGCAAUGGUUCUAUGCGAGUACACUCCAUCAAUGACGAAGGCAGAGAGCAACUACUUGCUCAGAAGAUAUGGAGAGAUCUAUUAUCCACCUCUUGUCACAUCAGAAUCUGCGUACAUGAGAACAACGAGCAGUCGAAUCAGAAAUGAGGAAGAUCCGUUGGCAGAUCACAACUACUGUACUGAACUCAUGAAGCCUGUUUUUCGUGGUGGAGAGGCUCAAUCAGCUCUUCCCACUCAGGAAUUCGUCAAGAAACUAACUGAAACAGGUGCAGCUGAGAUAAUAAGAACAUCAUCAGUUUCAAUGAAUGCUAAUAAAGGUGAACGAACGAUUGUAGACUGUGUAAGCCAUGUUGAUCCGUAUCAUCGUGUACAUGUGAAAGGCGACAAAAAUGAAGAAACUUCAAUAACUCUGAACAAGACAAUUUGGAGACAGCAAGAACCACACGAGACUUGUGACGCUGCAACAUGGAGCUCAGCUGCCGUUCUGAGUCGUGAUUCAAACAGAGGACUCGAAGCAAUGUCGGAUGCUCGUUACGCUCCUCUGUACUGUGAAAAUAUUCUGGAGUAUUUCUCUUACUCGAAAUGUCCAGAGGGAUUCAGCGAGUUCCCAAGAGUAACAUCGGGCCAAAGAUGGUGUCACAAAUAUGUUCAUGGAGCACCUUUGCCAUAUGACGACGCUGAGAAGAAAUGUGCCGAAAUGGGAGCCCAUCUUUCUGGGUUCACGACACAGGAAGAGUUCAAAUUUCUCAACGAACUCGUAAAUAAAGAAUAUCCUAAUAAAAACGACAUAGAAGUGUGGCUGGGAGCACAACGAAAAAUGUCAUGUCCGGACGCAGGAAAGAACUUCAAUGGAGGAUUCUCUACAAACGAAUUUGAUAAUUGUGCUCGUAGUCGUGUGUUCGAAUGGCGAAAUGGAGUUGCUAAAAAUCCACCGGACUUUAUUGGUUCCGGCUAUGACAACUGGGCUGAACUAGACGAGCCUAAUCAUCUUUCAGACAAGGAACGAUGUGUGGUCAUGAUGCACGGGAAAAUAACGAAGUAUUGGGGGUAUUCAAGCAAAUAUCAUGAUCGUCGAGACAUGCAAAUCAAUGACAUUUUCUGUGAUUGGCAUUUCGAAUAUUUUUGUGGGCUGGAAGUUCCGGUCAUCACAGUGAAAAAAAGCUCGUGAUUUAAUGUAAUAUAACUUUUGCCGAAUAAAAGAUACUUUUUGAAG